AUGGGUGGUUCUUCUGGUUCAGAAUAUGACUCUGGCUCUGAUUCGGGUCGCUCCGACCGUUCGCACAAGAAAGAGAAGAAGGACAAGAAAGAUAAGAAAGAUAAGAAGAAAUACGACUCCGGCGAUGAACACGAGAAAAAGGAUAAAAAGGAUAAAAAGGAUAAGAAACACAAGGAGGAUAAAGAUCACAAAGAGGAUAAAGACCACAAGGAUAAGAAAGAUCACAAGGAGGAUAAAGAUCACAAGGAUAAGAAAGACAAGAAGGAUAAAAAAGAUAAAAAAGAUGACGACAAACACAAGACAAGCUCUCCAAUUCCUGGCCAAAUCGCGCAUGCACUCAGCGGAACUGCCCUCGGCGGCCUUGCACAGGAAUUCCUCAAAGGAGGCGGAAGUGGAGGUCAUGGCCUCCUCCGCGAAGGGGGUUCUCCAGGCGCAGUUCAUGGCGGAGCUCCGGUCAUCCCCAGUAACCCUGCUACUGGACCAGAGACGGGUGCGAGCGGGCAGCGUAUUCCGUGCACAACCACAGACGCGUUCCCCAUACAAUCUGCGGGCCCGUCGCCUCCAUUUGUCGAUUCGACCGGACAGCCCGUGUAUGUUGGUUCGGCACUGAUCAAUGGUACAAACGUACAACCUUGCCGAAUCACUCCUUCCGGCUGCUUCAUUGCUUCGGACGGAAUUGAGGCUACACACACUGGGCGGUAUGACCUGCUCCCUCUUACUGAUGCAAUGGAAUGGGUCCCCGCAUCGGGUGGUGCACCGCCGGCGGGCGGCAUCGAAAACGGCUCGUCCCUGUAUCAUGCUUGUGCUCGCGUCAAUAGUGUCAUGCUUCCAGGCAAAGCCGGAGCUGCAAUUGGAGGUGCACAAAUCCCUGCGGCUGGUGGCGCCCACUUCUUCCCGCAGGAUUACUUUGUCUUACUUAUGGCUCGGGUUUCUAUAGGUGCUGGAAAGAUUAGGUGGUUACCAUACGAAGCUCGUGUCAUCGUAAUAACAUAUGAAUCCCAUCUAUGUUGCUUCGGCGCUUAUGGAAGACUCGGUCCACCCAUGCAAGUGUGCUCCACACUUGGAGCUGCCAUGUCGUGUUCCCUAUGGUGGGCGGAGCAUUUCCAUGAGGGAAGAUAUGACAUUCUCCCAAUAACACGGGAUAUGGAUGGCGGAUUGCCUUACGGCCGAACUCCAGUAGAAGGGGGAUACGAGGGUGAUAACCCACUUUAUCACGCUUACAUCGAGACCCACGGAGUUAAAGUUCCAGGAAAAACUGGCGCACAUUUGGGUGGUAUAAAUGUUGCGUUCGGAGGACAGGAACUAUCGUUUGCUGACAACUAUUACAUUCUGUGCUGGAAGGAAGAUCAGCCUUAUUGA